GCAUGCUCGUUCCGUGACCCCAGCUUGAGGUGACGGUCCGAACCGAGGCGGGGGCCCCAAGCAGGAGGCUGCAGGACCUGCCGCGGCUCCUUCGUCGGAGAGGGAGGUCUCCGCUGCCGCCGCCGCCCGACCGGUGCCCGGACGGAGCCCCUGGACUGCCAGGUUGCUUACCCGGGAGGAGGAGGAAGAGGAGAAAUCCGUCUGCUGGGGCCUGAGCGUGGCCUGGGGGACCGACCAUCGUCCCAGGAUGCCCCUGCCCGAGCCCAGCGAGCAGGAGGGUGAGAGUGUGAAGGCUGGCCAGGAGCCGUCCCCCGAGUCCUCUGAGCCAGGGACCGAUGUCGUCCCCGCAGCCCCCAGGAAGCCCAGGAAGUUCUCCAAACUGGUCCUGCUGACAGCCUCUAAGGACAGUGCCAAGGUGGCAGGGGCCAAGCGCAAAGGAGUCCACUGCAUCAUGUCCCUGGGGGUGCCGGGCCCCGCCACCCUCGCUAAAGCCCUCCUCAAGAUCCAUCCUGAGGCUCAGAGGGCCAUUGAGGCGCCCCCCCAGGAGCCUGAGCAGAAACGCAGCAAGCUGGACACAGAUGGAAAAGAAGCUGGAAGGUUGGCAGGGCAACCUGCCCCCAGCACGGAGGUGGUCGGGGAGGAGUCCACCGCAGACGCCAUCGUGCCCGGCACGGUCCUGUAACCCUGACAAGCGCGGGUGCGCCCUUACUGGGUCAGUGAACUUGGCUGUGACCUCUGCCUGGGACCCAGUUGCCAACUGAUUUUCAUUCUCAAACACCAUGUAAUUUUUUUCAAAUCAAGCAUACAUUACUUUUGUAAGCAGAAAGAAACCCAAAAACAAUAAAAGAAGCUAUAAGCCAGGUCCCAUUAUGGACAGGUUUUAAAACCUUCCAUGAUUUCGGGUCCUUUGAGACCCAACUGGGACCCCACCAGCCCUCCUCUGGUCCUUCCCCAGGGGCUGCCUGGCCUGGGCAGUCUCCCAGACCCCCUGGCCCCUCAGCCUGGGGACAAUGACUAGGUGGGGUCUUUGAGCAUUCUCCUUCCUGCUGCUCUUGGCCUGAAAGGGAGCAGUGGGACCCCCUGCUCUGAGCCCCAGGGAAGCCCAUCCAGCCCUUUCCUGACCGUCCCUCCAGGACUUGUUCCCAGAAGGCCUCAGCCUGCUCCUCCUGGACCAUCAGGAGGCUAGCCUCUUCCAGGGAGCCACACGGACUGACAGCUUUCCUCCACCCCGCAUGGGGGACCUGUGUUCGUGGCUACCCAGGGUUCUGCUGAGGAAGGGGUGGGCCUGCGGGAUGGGGGGGGGUGGACCCCGACAGAAGUGUAUGACGGCCCCAUUGUCCUUCUGGGUGUUUCGGAGCUCAGAUUCCCGGGGACCUCAGCCCCUCCCCCGGCACCUUGGGUGCCACACCCCCCGGAGGAGGAAGUGAAGGAACGCACGGGUACCCCCCUGCAAGCGGAAGUCAGGGUUCCCCGGAGGCCCCCCCCCCACAGGAGAGGCUUCAGCCUCGCGUUGCUUCCCCACACGUGGUCCUCAUUUUUUUGAAAACUGCCAUUGGGCAAAGGACACAGAUCAUUUCUAAAGAGUUGAGUCUAGAGGCCUUAUGUUUUUAAACCUCAUUUUCCCAAACGUAACCUGGGUCUGCCGACCCCUCCGAGGAAAAGUGAGUUACUCCGCGAGUCCCCUUGUGCAGCUCCAUUUCGCUCCCCUCCUUUUACAGCUGGUUGUUUGUAACAUUCAUGUUCUGGAAGCGUCGUUUUUAAAGUUCCUUUGUCUUGGCUCUGUGUCUAAAUAGAUCUCCGUUCCUCA